AUCUUAAAUACAUGCGUUUGUCCCCACAAUGUCUCCAAGGUUAGGUAGCCUAUUUAUGCAUCAAACUGGAGUCAUGUACACCAACAUGAAGAGAAAAUGUACAAAAAACUGGACAACUGCGUAGAUUUACUACAAAUGGUGAGAACCCCAUGCAAAGUCAAGGCAGUAAUUGCGAGUGGCGUGGGUCUGUCAUAAUGAAAAGUGAUUUUUUUGAGGUGUAUAACCUCUGUGGGAAUCUCGAACUGAUUCCUCGAUUAAUUAUGACUUGAACCUAUGUAUAGUUGAGUAUAUAUGUAGCUGUCCAAAGAAUAAAAAUUUGUUCCAGUGGUAUUCUCUCAACCAGCAAGCCCACAUUGUUCCAAAUAAUUUGUAAAUAACCUCAAAAUAAACAUGAAUUUAAUUAUGAAAGUUGUAUUACUAAUUGCAGUGUCAGUUGUUCUUGACCAUAAUUUCACCAAUGUGAGUGCGAGGGACCGGAAAAUCAGAGCCACGAUACCGGGCACAGGGUGGACUUCAAUGGAAUAUUUUCCCCCUGAUUUCAUGGACUAUGAGAACAGCAACAGAAUUUACGGGGGAAAUGACAAGCAACCCCCCAUUUUUCAGAGAGACCAAAUAACUGGAAGGAUUUCUCAUACUGACGACAAAGAUCAGUUUGCACUGAAAAAUCAACCUGAACAAUUUCCAUUACCGAAAAUAAUUGAUAGAAAUGGGUACAUUAAACCCACUAAACAGUCAGUAGGAACCGUUGACAUUACUCCACCAUUUGAGACGCACUACACUUAUCCCUUCGAGUCAAAAUCCGAGUUCAUCUGCCCUCAAAAUGACAUUGCUGGUUACAAACGCUUCGCAUACUCGAGAAAACACAAUAAAUGCUUCGAAGUCGGAUACAGGGGACCAUGCAAACCAAACAUGAAAUUUUUCUUGGAUCGCUCUGGGUCUCAAUUCGGGAAAUGUGAUUGCGAUCCUGAAGUUGGAUAUAAUUGCGGGCGGCCGUUAGUAUUUUUGGACGACUGGUGUUAUCCUGUUUAUUCCCAGGGACCAUGUCACCAUAAUGACUGGCUAGUUCUUGAUCAGGGUCAGCCACGCUGUGAAAGAAACGCAUGUUCUUGGCAGCAAACUUUUGACAAAAUUAAAGAAACCGAUUGUUUACACUGGGUUUACAUGAAUGGAAAUUGUCAUCUAACUUCAACCCGGGCCUUCUGUGAAAGGGACGAAGUUUUAUUUUGGGAUGUUUAUGACUCAAGAGCUACAGAUCCCACAUGCAUCCCCGCAUGGUCGUACCCAGCAGACUUUAUGAAUUACAGGAUUGAUAAGAGGAGAAUUGAUCCAGCACUUCCUUGCUUCCCUGGGCAAAGGCAAACAAUUGCACGGCAAUGUCAACCAAACUACAAAUGAUUGGCGUUUGUUAUUACGGAUGAAGUAGCGAGGAUAACCUUUACCAAAUAAUAAUUUAAAACAAAACAGUAAAAUUACUUACUUGAAUAUAAUUUCCUUAAUUAAAAUCCCAAAAUUUAUCAAUUGAUUUUCAAAAAAGGAAACAACAUUUGUUCAAAUUAUCACAUAAACUUAAGCAUGAUGUUUAUUGCAUGUAUUUCACUUUAGCACAAUAUCAGUUUGGUGUAAUACAUAUGUACAUUAUGUAUGCAUAAGUAUAGUUAUCCGCUCUUGAAGCUAGGUUAAUAAUAUAAAACAACCUCAUAAAUGUUAUGAUGUAUUUAAGUUUAAAUAGAAUAAAACUACCCCAAUUAAAAUGAGUUUGGUAUCGACAAUUAUUUAUGGAUUAAUUAACAGAUUUUUGCAUAUACAUAAUUAUUAUGACUGAUAGUUUACGUAUUGCGUCAAUUUGAACGGAACUUUUUCAUGUUUUUGGGAAGAAUGAUCCCUCAUUAUCAUCUUAUAUAUAGUAGUAUCAGCUUCUUAUAAA